GUGCCCAUUACUCUGCUAGAACAAUACGCUCUGUUUCUCUUCUCUUCUUCCAGUUGAAGACGAUGGCUUUGGAUUACGCAUUCACACAAGAGGAACUGAAAAUCGACGACGGCGUUGGGUACCCAAAUGCCUACGCUAAGCUGUGCCGUGACCGCCGCGCUGGGUUGUAUAGUCAUGGCCCUCCCUUCACUUUCAUGCCUUAUUGUCUGCAGCAACAAGAGGAUUUGAGAGCAAGAGAAUUUGAGAAGAUGUUUCCCAUUGUCGACCCCAAGGCAAAACCUACUGCCAGGCCCAAGAUUUUUGUUAGUCUUCUGUGGAAGCAGCUCAGCCACCUUGGGAAUGCUGGAUUUGAUCCUGCAGUGAUUCGAGUAGACCCAUAUGGCAAUGUUCUGUAUUACCAUGCUGAUUCUGCUUCUCCUCUUUCUUGGGAUAUAGAUCAUUGGUUUCCUUGCUCAAGGGGAGGAUUGACUGUGCCAAGCAAUUUGAGGAUACUGCAGUGGCAAGCUUGCGAUAGGAAGCAUAACAAGCUAGAGUUUCUCAUUCCAUGGUGGGAUUUACAGUUGGGCAUAUCUGUGAACCAGUUCUUAUCCAUUUUUGCUUCUUCCAACUCAGAUUUCAGGCAUAGGGCAUUCUCAUUUCUCUUCGCUGAAGGUGAAAAUGAGGAACUCAAUUCGCUACAGACUGUAGAUUCACAUUGUUUUCCACAACAUUUUGAAGAAUCAAAAGAGAAUGUCGGCUUAGCUCCGGCUGCCAUUGUUGUAUCUCGAAGGGAGUCAUAUGGCUCUUCAUCUGCUUUAAAAUGCCUGGACCACAACAAGCAGAUACGGCCAUACUAUCCGGCAAUUGCUGCAAGAAAAGUGAAGCCUACUUUUUCAAAUGAAAAUGAGGACCCAAACUUUGUCAUGAACCCCUACCAAGCCAUUGUCAUGGCUCGAGAUUCCCUUAAACAAAGAGAAGAAGCUGCAAGGAUGCAGGCAGAGAUAAAAAGCUUGGAUGAUGAAGUGAACGAAUUGAGGCAGAAAAAUGAAGAUGAAAAGGUCACCAUUCAAAACUUGGAACUGACAUUGAUAAAGCGUCGGAGAAGGGCAGAGAAGUGCAGGCGGCUAGCAGAGGCACAGUCAUCAUAUAAGACUACACUCGAAAAGAUGAUUCGAGAUGCUAUGCACCAGUCUGUGCUUUACAAAGAGCAGCUGAGAUUGAACCAGGCAGCAACUAAUGCGCUCAUGGCAAGACUUGAGGCACAAAAGGCGAUGUGUGAUGCAUCAGAGAGCCAACUCCACAAGAAAUACAAAGAGAGAGAUGAGAUUGAGAAACAGAUAAGGCCUGAAUGGGAGCAUGCGAGGAAGAGAUCAAGAACCGAUGAUAGCUUGAAUGAGGAGAGUGAAAGUAGGCCAAUUCUUUAUCUACCAGGGAUUAAGCCAAAGAGAAACUUACACAAGGAACUUCGAGUGUUUCUGGAGGAAGAACAAAAGGCAUCUGAUGCUGCUUUAUCACAGAAUGAAGAUGAAAGGCAAAUAGAACUAGCUGAAGAGAUUAAAAGACCUACAAAGCAGUUGUCCAUUGACAACCUAGGGGAGCAUGGAAGGUUCAUUGUUGAACUAGAGGAUGAAAACUCAUUAGAGCACAAAAUGAGAGCACUGGAAAUAGAAGGGAAGAAGCACAAGUUUCAAUUUCCGGUUGUUCGAGAACCAGAAAUUGAGGAAGAUGAAGAAAGCAGGAAACAGCGUGGAAAGGGGAAUGUAGAGAAGUGGCUUCAAAUUCUGUUGGAGAGUUCUCCAGAAGAGGAGUUGGAUUCUCAGAAUGAUGAAACAAACGGGACAAGUGAUAUACUCAAAAAAUUGAAUUUGAAGUACCCACAGAAGGAGGCGAAGAAUCUGCAGUCUCCAGAAGCUGAUGCCAAAGAAGGUAUGGCACUAGUAAAUGAGAAAAAUAAGCAGUUAAUCGUCCGAGAGAAAUACGACAAUGCACAAGAAAUGGGUUCUGCUGUUGAGGGAGUUGUUAGCAGGAAGAGCUUUGAAGGGAGAGAAAGAAGGGACAGAAGUAAUGGAGAGGUCAAUGAGAAAAAUAAGCAGUUAAUCGUCCGAGAGAAAUACGACAAUGCACAAGAAAUGGGUUCUGCUGUUGAGGGAGUUGUUAGCAGGAAGAGCUUUGAAGGGAGAGAAAGAAGGGACAGAAGUAAUGGAAAGGAAAGAAAACUUGCGAGGUCUGAGAGUGCAAGAGUCUUUCGACGAAUCCCAUCUUCUCCAUCUAUUAUCUUGGGAAUGAAGAAGGGUGUUGACUGCAUGAGAAAGAAGCCCAUUGUAAGUAGUGAUGAUGAAGAGAACUAUGCUAUGGAAAACAACAGCUUCAUGAAGUCAUCCAUGAAGACAAUCAAGAAGGCGGUGAAAAUGUGAGCAGAAGUUCAGUUCCAUUUGUCCAUCGCUCAAAAUUGUGUAUUCAUUCUUUUUCUUGUCCAUUGUUAUUCCAUUAUCAUUCUUUUAUAGAUAUUUUUUUUUUUCGAUUGAAGAGUGCAAGCAUAGGCGUUGACGCCUUAUGUGAGAGAAUAAGAGUGUUGGGUAUUCUGUUGUUGUGUUGGCUUGUGUGAGACUUUAUAACAGCUUGUUGUCUUACUAAAUAAAAUCAAGUUUCUUUUCCUUCU